CGGGGGCCGUCUGGACGCCCUGUCUGUGUCGCCCCCCAUGCCCCUGCUCCUCCUGUCUGUAUUCCUGCCUCUGUUUCUUCCUUUCCUUCAGUGUCCCUGUCACUCUGACUGUGUGGGGUAGGGGGAGGCAGACUGGGUGAACUGCCCUCCCUACCGUGGGGCUGUGCUCUGAGUCCAGCGUCCCCUCACCCGCAUGGGGACUCUGAUGGACUCUGCCCCUUUCACAGUGCAGGGUGCCAGGCGCUAGGGCCAGAUUCCAGAGUCGGGAGGGCAUUCCAGUGGUGGACAGCCUGGCCACAGGUGUGACGAUGGGCAUGCGUGUGGCUUCUGACUGGUCCAGGCAGCUGGAAGAGUCAUGGCCAGGCCCACCCAGACUGGCCACCUGGGAGCUCCUCAGUGCCCUGAAGCUUUGGCCUCAGUUUUGUCAGCUGUGAAUUGGGACUGUGGCUGCCAAGGUAAUUGGCAGGUGACCUGACCCAUAUCCGCACGCAUCACCGCCUCCUCUAUCCUGGGGGCGUUCUCCUGGAGGAGGGACAGUCGCAGCUGUAAACAGGCCUCCGAGGUUGCUUCCUGAGCAUACCUGAGCCCAGCUUGGGGAGCUGAAUGCCCGGGAGGGGGGGCACAGUGGGGUGAGGGCAGUUCAGCCUAGUGGUCGUAGGGUCUAGACCUUGGAAUCAGAGGGAUAGGUUCUCGAUCUGCCACUCACCUUGGUAUCAGAAACCAGUGAUUGGAUUCUCUGAGCCUCAGUUUCCUGUCUGUAAAGUGGGAAGGACCACAGUUCCCUGGGGGAGAGGGCUGCUUCCAGGAUUAAAUGCAGGAAUGUGUCUCCUCCUGGCCCUCCCUCUCUCCCCUUCACUCAUUCGCUCUGCUCCAGCCUUACCAACCUCCACGUUCCUCCAACACGCCAGACGGGGCCCUGCCCCGGGGUCUCUGCCCGGGCUGUUCCUUCACGGCCAUGCCGGGUCCGCGGGCACCAAUUUUAAAACAUAACAAGUUGCCUAGAUGGGCUGGGCCAGGGGACUGCCAGGCAAGGGCUGGGCAGCUGGGAGGAGCCUAGAGGGGCCGGCCCAGGGACGCUGUACCUAUGGAAACCGGAACAAAGCCCCAGCCACACAAACACCUGGGCUGUGCUUUUCCCACUCGACAGGCCUGGUGGUCUGGGAUGCUGGUGGUGGGGCGGAUGGACACGUUCAGCACCAAGAGCCUGGCCCUGCAGGCGCAGAAGAAGCUGCUGGGCAAGAUGGCGUCCAAGGCCACGGUGGCCGUGUUCAUCGAUGACGCGAGCGGCGAGGUGCUGGACGAGCUGUACCGCGCCACCAAGGAGUUCACCCGCAGCCGCAAGGAGGCCCAGAGGAUGGUCAAGAACCUGGUCAAGGUGGCCGUGAAGCUGGGCGUCCUGCUCCGCGGCGGCCAGCUGGGCGGCGAGGAGCUGGCGCUGCUGCAGCGCUUCCGCCAGGGGGCGCGCCGCCUCGCCAUGACGGCCGUCAGCUUCCACCAGGUGGACUUCACCUUCGACCGGCGCGUGCUGGCCGCCGGCCUGCACGAGUGCCGGGACCUGCUGCACCAGGCCGUGGGCGCGCACCUGACCGCCAAGUCCCACGGCCGCAUCAACCACGUCUUCGGCCACUUGGCCGACUGUGACUUCCUGGCCGCGCUCUACGGCCCCACCGAGCCCUACCGCUCGCACCUGCGCCGGAUCUGCGAGGGCCUCACCCGGAUGCUGGACGAGGACAGCAUAUGACCUCCGGCCCGGGGUUUCCUGAGGGGGGAGGGGGGGUGGGGGUCGUUCUAGAACUUCUUUUCUCCCGCCCGAUUCUGGCCAAAUCCCCGGGACAGGCGGCCUUCCCCCCGAGAGGAUGCUGAUCCGUUGGAGGCAGCGGUUUUAAGGACUCUGGUCGCCCCUCCUCCCGCACCGUCUCAACAGGAGACGAGCUCAGCCUGCGGGGGCGCGGCCUCCCCAUGCACCCCGAGGCUGCUGCCCACCCAGGCCUGCCUGACCUGACCCCCAGCACCCCUACACUCCCUCGAUGCUUCUGAAGGCUGGCACCUGCCACCUCGUCAUGUUAACGAUGUUGCCUGUUCCUUCCGACAGGGUCGUGGUGAACGGGAAGAAAGGGAGUGUUGUGGGGGUGAGCUGCAGCUCCCCAAAUUCUUUGGUUGAAGUUCUAGCCCCCUCUGAAUGCACCCUUGUUUGGAAAUAGGGUCCUCGCCGAUGGACUCAGUUGAGGUCACGCUGGAGUGGGGGUGGGCCCCUGAUGCCGCAUGACUGGCGUCCUCGUAAGGGGACAUUCAGACAGAGAAGGCCGUGUGAAGGUGGGGGCAGACUCUGGAUGGCUGUCUACCAGCCAGCAGCCUCCAGAAACUGGGAGAGCCGCCUGAACGGCCUUCGGAAGCAACCAGCCCAAGGGACACCUUGACUGCAGACUCCCGCCUCCGCCUCCAGGGCUAGGAGGGCACAGAUUCCCGCUCUUGCCCUGGGGGUCGAGCGCAGGCAGCCAGGAGAGUGCGGGGGUGGGGGCCGUGGGCGAGGAUUUGGUUGGGAUCGCUGCCCUGACUCCCACGCGGGAGGGGACGGAGCGUGCGCCUUGCUCGGGGCUCAAGGGGAAAGCCAUCGGAGAUGCGCGCCUGUUUAAAACUGGUUAUUUCACUUGUG